UUCGGGGAGCUGUGCCUCGGAGGAGGGGGAAAAGGAGGGAGGAGGACCACGAAAGAGUCACAGGCACACUGCCCCAGAUGGUCCAUGUGAGGAAGCCACGCUCUGCGUGAUGCAUCAGUGUGUGAGCUGAAGUUCAGCGUGGAGCGAAUCCAUCCUUUGAAUUCUCUCUUUACAUUUCCAGUAGACGGCCUGAAAGUCAACAUGAUCGACUACGAGCGUCCCCAUCCAUUAGGCUUCGGGCCAGCUGGGAGGAGUGUGAUGGUUCCGGAGCUCCCACUGCACACACAUACUCCCACUCCGACGGCCAUACCUCAGAGAAACUCCCACCAGAGCAGGAGAGCCAGCACAGCGGCUGCUAGGAGGAUGGAAAGGAGACGCACAGACCUGGAGGAAAGCAACAACCACCCAACCAGCAGCCACAACCCCCGCUCCAAGAAACUGGCCAUGAUAUCCAGGUCCUUGAUCCUGUGUCAUUCUAAAACCAAUGAUGACUGUCCAGACGGGAGGCGUGCUGUAUCGGAUGGGUGCAAGAGAUGGGGCCCAGGCUGUAGGGCACUAAUGACUGCUGGGGGUCAAACGCACUGGAGGACAAGUGACCAAUCAGCCCUGGGGAGGAGAGGAGACACUGAGUUGCAGCAUACCAGCACACUCAGGGAGAACAAAAAGAGCAUGAGGAGGUCCUUCAGCAUCAAGGAGAGCAGUAUCUGGAGGAUGUGUGUAGCCACAGGGCCCACUGAAGACGUGUGUGGACCACAAGCCGCUGAUAACAUCAACCAGACAGGGGACGAGGACAUUAAUGUGGAGCCAUGCAACGAGGGGAAUUUACACAGAAGCUGCAGCUCCCUGAGCCCAGACAAGCUGGCGCCGUUUCUAGAUGGCAGUACAUGGCAGGCAGGCGAGAGGAUGAUGACUAUUCACAUUAAAGCCUACAGUGAGGACACUUUCAGGAGUGAGGACAUCCUACAUUCACAAAGUCUCACGGCAAACUCAUCACACCUGGCCCUCAUUUCCCCAUCUAAUGCGCACUUGUUACCUGGAUCCACAGAUGAAGAACGUCUUGCCAACAACAACCACCUCAAGUUCUCCAUCCCAGAGGUGAAUGAAGAGAAGUUCUGGGACACAGAUGAGACUAAGCCGAGCCCAUCAGGACAGAUGGCCACUAAAAGGACACGCUUCAACUCAGCCACAGGUGUUCAUCCUUACUGGAUUGGGGAUCUGGACAGCAUCAUCAUGAAGACCCCAGAGCUGUACACUAUUCAUCCUCAUGGGAAUGGAGGUUUAUAUGGAAACAGGAAGUCUCUGUCCCAGCAGCUGGAGUUUCCUCAUUCCACUACACAAUCUGUUCAGCAUCCCUCCCGCUCCCUCAGCUCUGCCCAGCUAGUACACUCCUGCAGUAACACGCAAGCCUUCAUUAUCUGCAAUGUUGUGCUGAUGAAGGGCCAUGGCAAGGGUCUGGGCUUCAGUAUAGUGGGUGGGAAGGACAGUAUGUAUGGACCAAUGGGGAUCUACGUCAAGACCAUUUCCCCUGGUGGCUCAGCAGCUGCUGAUGGAAGGCUGCAGGAGGGUGAUGAGAUCCUGGAGCUGAAUGGAGAGUCACUACAUGGCCUGACUCACGAUGAGGCCCUUCACAAGUUCAAACAAAUCAAAAAGGGGCUGCUGACUCUGGUGGUGAGGACAGGCCUGCGUCUGGGGGCCCUAUGUGGUCAAUCGCAGGUAGCUCAGCUAUGCAGGUCACGCUCCCUCAGCUCCACCACAAGCAUGGCCAGCGCUGUCGCUGACAUGGGAGAAUACAACUGCCUGAACAACACACGGAGUGUACCGGGUCAGCCCGCCAAGCCCAGGGACCGCGUCAUGAUGUUGAUCAUCCUGCAGAAAGAAGAUGCAGGUGGUCUUGGUAUUGGACUGUGCUGUGUUCCAUCCAGUGACGGAUACCCAGGGAUCUACAUCCUCACCCUCUCUCCAGGGUCUGUGGCUCACAUGGACGGGAGACUUCGAUGUGGGGAUGAGAUUAUGGAGAUCAACGACACUGUGGUUUACAACAUGGUGCUGAAUGAUGUCUACACAGUAUUGAGCCAGUGCGCACCAGGUCCAGUCCAUGUCAUUAUCAGUCGACACCCCGAUCCCAAAGUAUCCGAGCAGCAGCUGAAACACGCUAUUGCUCAGGCAGUGGAAAACAGCCAACUGAUGAAAGAUAAGAGCCAGUGGAGCAUUCAUGGGCUGCGUGUACCGGCAUCCUUCUCUCACAGCCAGCUCAGAUGUGAACAAUGUCUGGAGAGGAGUUUCAGUCAGCUGACGGUUCGACAAGCCCAGAAGACCAUGACCCGCUCCUGCAGCGACAACACCCAUGGUCCCAAUCACAACAACUGCCUUACCACACACAGCCUUCACAAUACACACCGUACCCCAUCAGCGCGCGUCCACAGCCUUGACACAUCCGAGUCUAUAACAGAGACGUGCUCUGACAACAGACUGUCAGUGCCAGUGUAUCCUGAUGAAGACUAUAACCUUCCACGCAACCAUACUCCUGCCAACUUGUCAAGUCAACACGCCCUUGAUCUGGCCUCAAGGGGUUACAAGUCCACCUGCAGGAUGCGUGUUGCUCAACAUCGGCAUUGCAGGCCUCAGGAUGUUACCAGUGAGGAGGGUUGUAAUGGAGAGUCCAGUGGACCCACCAGAGGAUCCCCUGUUUGCGAUGGAGGACUGGAGUCCUCAUCACACAUCAGCUGCCAGCUCUUCAGCAGAAUGUACAAGUCCUUGAGAAAGAUCCUGAGGUUGCUCUUAACGAAUGAAGGAGAACGAAUAAGAGAAGAUUCAGAGGGGAUCAAGGAAAAUGCCUCUCAACCUGUAGCCGAUACCAACAACGGACUUCACUCAGCGGUUCUCUGCUCACAGCUGAAGAGAGGAGCCCUGAGGAGGAAGGCUCGUAUCGAAGAACAGCUUCAGGAUCCUUGGGUUCGCCUUUCAAACAGCCCUCCGGAAGAACGGACUAGGAUCCACCAUCGCCCCUGCAAGCGUGCUGCAGAAGGAACACAGCCUGUGAACAUCCACAACAAGCCUGCCGCCACAAGUGACCAACCGAACAUGUCCAAUCUCAAUGGCUUAGCCACCGAUGGAUCUUCAGAUCCUCCAUCCAACACGGCCCCUGGAAACGUAUCGGAAGCACCUUUGGGAGCAAAGUUAGGGCCCCCGGUGGCACCAAAACCUGUCUGGUUUCGAAGGAGUUUGAGGAAAAUUGAGGAUGAGCAGGAACAGAAGAAGCAAGCUAAACCCGCAGAGGAGAGGUUGGCUGAAGGCUUCAACAGAAGCUUUGGAGUCAGAUCUGCCUCUUCUGCUGCCAAGUUGUCAAUCAAACAAAAGAUCCAUUCAUUUGAAACUUUUUCCAAUCCAGAGGUUCCAGAAAAGGGGGGUAUCAGGUCGCCCCUGGCCCCUUCCAACUCUCUUCCUCUGGUGAGGGAUUCCAAGAGUCCCCCUGCCUCACAUCGAGAGUUUGGAAAUGGCAAAAAUGAAAUGCCAAAAGAGAUCCAGGCUAACAAGUCUGCAUCUGUUAGGGAGACAAACCACACACUUGUGUUUGCUUCACCCUCUGCUACCACCAUCUCCUCCUCUGAAGCUUGUAGUCAAACACCAGCAGAGUCCCCUGAUGAUGAACCUCACUCUAGCCAAUCCUUUAAGGCUCGGCCACUUUUUGACACCAUCAGUGGCAAUCUGGACUCAGGGACGCAUGAUUUUCAUUCAGCUCAAGUCCAUGAUGACAGAAAUGUCUUUCCAACAAAGCAGGGAUCGGAGCUCAAGAGAGUGGAUCUUACCGGGGACACAGAGUGCAAAGUCCCACCCUCUGAAACAUCUGUAGGAUCCAGUGAAGUCCAAGGGGAAAGUUCUCCAGAGAGUCCAGAGGAAGAUGGAGCACACAGCCAAGAAAUGGUGCAGAGCACCACUCUGAGAGCGGUUCCCCCCGCAGACAGUAACACCCUGGGAGGUCUGGGGGAAGAUAUUUUAGGCAAAAUCCUUUCCUUCAGUAACCAGGUGUCACAAGCUCUGAUGCGCUGCCGACCGAUACACCCCCGCCAAGGAAACGCUGCCUCCCUAAAGGACUCCUCCGCUGUCGACUUUACAGAGCACAUGCUGGACCCCCCCGACAGAGGGUUCUCUGUCAGCUUGGCCACACUGAGGAAGUGCACAAUUGAGCGCGGGGAGGAGGCUUGUGAUGACGAGGCAGCGCUCACUUCGGCCCAGUCCGUCAUCUCAGCGAUCCCCUCUCAGGAAAUACAGAGGAUGAUCCAGGAAGUCAAAGGUCUGGACGAAGAGACCCUGAAGCAACUGGCGGCCAUCCAUGUUGUGGUUCUACACAAAGAGGAGGGAGCUGGUCUGGGCUUCAGUAUUGCUGGAGGUUCUGACCUGGAGAGUAGAGCUACCACAGUCCACAGAGUGUUUCCCAGCGGCCUGGCAGCUCAGGAGGGCACCAUUGAGAAAGGAGAUGAGGUGUUGUCUAUAAACGGACAAACGCUGCGCGGCCUCACGCACGCCGACGCCACCGCGGCUCUGCGUCAGUCCCGCUGCCUGAAACAGGCCGUGGUGGUGGUCAGCAAAGGAGCCGAGGACGAUGGAGGAGAGGGGGGAGGCCCUGCAGCAGCGGAGGAGCAGGGAGCCCUGCUGACUGCGCAGCUCCACAAAGGAGCUGGAGGAGUCGGCUUCACCCUGGAGGGAGGAAAAGGCUCAAUCCAUGGAGACAGACCUUUAGUCAUCAACAGGGUCUCUAAAGGUGGAGCAGCAGAGCAGAGCGAUCUGCAGCAUGGAGAUGAGCUGCUGCAGGUCCAGGGAACCAGCCUGCAGGACAUGACUCGCUUCGAGGCCUGGAACAUGAUCAAGACCUUACCUGAAGGACCCAUCAUGGUGGUCAUCAGAAGGGGGGUCGGGGGGGUAGAAUGACAGACACGGCUGAUGAAAUCCACAGUAAAACACAUUUCUGUCAUACUUUUAGCACAUUUGUGAACAGAUAUGGAUGAUCAAGUUCUACCAUAACCCCCCCCCCCCCCCCCCGUGCGGGAGAGAAGGGGGGCACAAACCUGUAGUGAGGUGACGUAGAAUACGUCCAUGUUUUACCCCUUUAGUUGUUGCAUAUCUGGCGUCAGCGCUUGAAGAAAGACGCAUGUAUUGAUUGUAACAGUGACGGCUACACAGGGACAGUGUCCAUGCUCUAUUGCUGCUCACUGAUUGACAGCUUGAUGGAGCAGCAGUUGGGGGCGGGGCUUAGCCAAAUAGGUAGGAUUUUCUAUAACUAUAGAAAAUUAUUAACAAUCUGCUUCAAUCUUUAAAGGUCAAAAUAAUUGAGCUGCUUUAAAGAAGCAGUUGUUUUGUUGGUCUGUGCACCUUGUGUGGCGUCUUUGCCACUGUUCAAAAUAAACAGUUUUCUUUUUCUGCGUCA